AUGUCUGAUGGAAAGAUUGUCUCGUCUCUCUCGUGGCUCUCGACCCGUUUGGCCGGCUCGCUCUUCAAGGACAAAUACACGCUGGGCCAGAUCGUGGCGGACAUCGUCUCCUUGGGCGCGAUUAUUUCUCUAUGGGUCGUGACCAGAGGUCCCAGGCAGAUCUUCGACGUGAACCCACAGUCGGCAAGAGGUCUCCUAAUCGGCAUCAGCGCGCUGAUUCUCUGGUACGUGGUCACGAUCAUCGACCUGUUCCUGCACGAAGCCCGUAUCUCGGUGCCGUACAACUACUUCUUCAUCGACGUGCCCAUAUUGGCACUAAAACUCUGCGGCGAAGGGUUUCUUGUUGCGACAACCUACCGUAUCGUUGUCCUCCACCUCCAACAGCAGACGCGGAAGGCCAAGGUCGCGCUGGUUCUGGGCGAGGUCCUCAUCCUGGCACUUCUCGUCACAGCAAUGUACUCCCUCGGGAGUCUCAUCGCCAGACAGAUCGUCUGGCUUCAGCUCGCGGACGAGAAGACACGCAACAGCUUCGCCUGGCCACAAAGGAAGCUUGAAGCCGCCUUUCACUGCAUUCAAUUUUGCAUGGGGUUGAUCGCCACGGUUUUUGCUGGAAUCAAUGCGUGGAUGAUCCAUCAAGCACACGGCAAGCUCACAGCUAUCACUCACAGGCUCUUCUGGGCGGCGUUGAGCUUGUGGAUAUGGUGCACUUCCGAGAUGGUAUUCGUGCUCAAGUACCAGCUCGGCCAGCAUCUUCCAGCCAAGAAUACCGGCCUAGCCCGCGAUACCAUCUACGAUUUCUUCUUGCUCGCAUCCUUGAUCCUGCUUGCCUUUGAUUGGAAAAGCAACAACAAGCAGCUCAGUGGCAACAGGGCGGGCCUCCCGCCGCACCUGCGCCCACUACUCGCGGAUAUGACGGCUGCGUGUCGAGCCCAUAUCGUCGAGCAGCUGCGCACCAGAACCAACGAUCUCGAGAAACCACCGCCAAUGGCAGACUUGAUCCGGGACUUGAGGCGGAAUCCGAGUGCGGCCUUCCGCGGUGACAUCGUAGAAGAUCGGAGAAGGUUGGAUGUCCAAGCUCUCAGGAUGCUGGACGAAAGGUACAGAGCUUAUGUGACGGAGUUGCAUACGAGGUAUGGAGACCUCAGGUGUACGAGGGUGGCAAGGGAGGUUUAG